GAUGGUUUCGAAAUUCUGAUUCAUUUUUGAGAUUUUAUAAACAAUAAGGCAAUAAGGAAAUGAUUGUAUAUUUUUACAUGAUACUGAAUUUUGCAAAAAUAAUGAAAUAACCUCAAUGAAAACCAUUGAAAUCUCUAUGGCUAAAUUUAAUUCUGUAAAUAUUUAAUAAUAAAUAAAGGUAGAAUAUUGGGAUAACCAAACAGACGGUAAAGAAUAAUUUAUUGAUGAAACCUUAUUUUCAAUUUAUUAAAUUGGCCAUAAAAACAAAAGAAAAUUUAUAUCUCUUUCUUAGAAAGGAGUAAAAUAUUAAUAAUUAAUAAUAUAUAGAUAAUCAUGGAACUUUAUAAUUAACUUAAUAUAAUCUAUUUUUUAAAUCAUCAUUCAUUUACUAUAUAAAAAGAGGAGAAGAAAUUAAUUUAAUGAU